AUGGAUUUCUCUUCUGGCGUCGAAGAAGAGUUCCCAUACCCACUUAGCAUAACAAGAGAUGCAUUUGCUGAGAAUGAAGCAUUUGAUCCAGACACGUUUCUCUUUAAAAAUCACAGAUUCACCUCUCUUGAAACACUACUAAGUGACCUUUCUGACUUGUCAAAGGCACUCAAUCGUGAUCUCCUCGACUUAGUGAAUAAUGAGUACUCGAAUUUCAUUGAGUUGGGACAGUCCAUCAGCUGUGGGUUGGAACUUAUCGAUAAUGUUUCUUAUGAAGUUCGGAAGUUCAACAAGAUCAUGGACCAGACCAUUGAGAGUUUGACCGCGUCCUCCGCCACAGCUGCAGGCGUUCUCAAACACAAAAAGCGCCUCAAUUUAUUAAAGAAUAAGGCCAAGUUGAUAAUAUUGCUCCAUGAACAGUGCACUAGUUUCGAGACACUCUUGGGUUUGGAUUUGGGACAGACAAUCCCAGAAAAAUUGGUGGACAAGUUGAACACACUAGCGACGCUAUAUUUUUCGGUGGUGAAGAUUUUUUCUGUGUUAAUGGAGGCCAACAACGCGUUAGACUCAUCCACGAAUAAAUCGACGUCAGACGUCUCUUCCUUCUCUCGACUCACUGAACUGGGAUCCUCGCACUCCCUCCCAAGUACUAGUAGCGAGGAAAUGUGUGUCUUUUUUGAUAAAAGCGUGCGCACCAAAGUGAUGUCGCUUAAGCUUGAAUUCAAGCUGUACAUGAAUGAGCUUACAACCUUCGCUAAGAAAGAUCCCACAAAGUAUUCUUCGCUAUUGCUACUGCUUCUACAAAUAAGCAUGAUCACUGGCCACACGCAACACUUGUUCAGCGGCGAAUCAUAG